AUGAACGCCCCGAUCACUUCUCCCACUAUGGCCCAGCGCCAACUACCAUCCACAACGGCUGUAACGGGUACAAUGACACAAGGCUUUGCACCACCUCCUCCGCCAGUUCAGAAGACGCCUGGCACAGAUGCCUUCAUCCAGAACCUGAACUUAGUCGCAGAGGCUGCGAAACGUGCACAGAUGGCGGUGCUGAUGAGAGAUCUAGAGGGCAUUGCCAUCUCGUGA